AAGCACACACGCGCCGCGGUAUUGAUACAAAUUUGGUCCGUUGCGGAUUAAAAGUGGCCGCAUCAAACAGCACAGAUGAGUAGUCUGGAGUUCAGCGUGCAGCUCGAGCCGCCGGCGACCGAUGCGGACGAGUGCUGCAGGCAGCUCGCGGCAGCGGUGCGCCAGGGCGGCCGCGCGAGCUGUGCGGGCGGUCCCAGCAAUUUCACGGUGAGCUGCGCGCUGGACGACGUGUCAGCGGUCGCAUCGAUACGAAAUGCGGUGCUCAGCGGCGCCUACGACAGACGCGCCUCGGACGUGACGCGGCUGAGAGUCCGCGCCGACCGCGCGUGCUUCGUCGAAGCGCUCGAAAAAAAGCGCGCCGCGGACGCCGAGCGACUCACGCCGCAUCAACGGGAAGUGCUCGACAGUUUGCCCGCGACGGGCGACGUCCACCUGCGAGCCCCGGCCGGAGCCGGCAAGACGCACUGGGGCCUCCAUAGAGCGCACGCGGAGAUCGAACGCGGUGCCAACGUGUUGUUUUGUGCAAGGAACGAGGCGCUGGCGCUCUUCGCGUGUCGCUGGAUCUACCGGAGGUGCCCCGCGGGCCUCGAGCGCCUAUUCGUGCUGGUCGACCCGUUCGCGGAGGGGCCGCGGAGAGCGUUGCGCGAGGGCGACGCGCUACGUCUCGUGAGCGACGCGACCGCCUCGUUUUCUCUGGUGGUAGUGGACGAGGCGCAUCAUGUCUAUGCCAAUGACGCGCGGCGGAAGGCCGUGGAGAGCUGCGUGUCACCGUCAUCAAAACGCGUGCUGCUCAGCGACGCGUCGCAGGGCGCCUCCGCGGUCGCGUACCCGCCGGCCCACGCCGCCGAGCUCACGGAGGUGGUGCGGUGCUCGCAACGGGUGGUGGCGGGCGCCAUGGCGUUCCAGCUCGGCGGCGACCGGAAACUGCUCACGGCGUCGGUGUCGGAAGAUGCGGGACCGCCCCUCAAGUCGUUCCUGUUCGACGCGGAGGAAGAAACCCGCUUCGAGGCGUACGGCAAGUACUGCCAGGCGGCCCUCGUGCACGUGUCGACGUCGUUCCCCGGCCUGGACCUGCACGACCGCGUCUGCGUCGCCGUUCCAGACGACGCGUUUCGACGACAGCUCCUGGAGACGGGCGCGUUUGAUAACUAUCGAGUCCGGACCGCCGCUGGCGCUUCAGCGGAGCUCGUAGGGACGUCUCUCGUCGUCGACGCGAUUGAUAACUUGGACGGUCUCGAACGACUGGUCGUGAUCUGCUGCGGUCUCGACGCCGUCAAGGACGAGACACGGUCAUCUUUGUAUAGAGCCGUGACGCGGGCCCACCUCAUGGUCGUCGUCGUCAACGAGUUCCUGCGGGGCGGCUGGCUCGAGUUCCUGGGGAGCGUCCGUCUGAAGGACGAGCGCUUCGACGCGCGCGACGCGCUCGAGCGGUGCCGGCUGAGCGCGGCAGACGACGCCGUCGGUGCGGACGUGUCGGCCGCCGUCGAGGCGCGGCUUUCCUCAACUUUCCCGAGCGCGGUCGUCGCGGAGCUGCGACUGGUCGCGCUCGAGGCGUUGGAGGCCGGCGCCGCGAGCGCGGACGCAGCAGCACAGAGCGCCGUCGACGCGUGGGCCUCGGAGGUGGCGGCCGCCGCCGCGGCGCUCGGGGCGUUGGGCGUUGUCGAUGAGGAGCUCGCAGCGACGGUGGCCGUCGCGCUGCGGAAGCGCCAGGAGGUGACCCUCGAGGGCGCCGCGGCGCGGGCGGUCGCGAAGCGGCGCGCAGAGCGACGGGCCGCGGACGCGCGGGCCCUGCUGCCGCCGGACGCGUCGGAGCCGGCGCGCCGCUUCAUCGUCGCGCGCUUUGUGCACAGCGAGGCGCCGAUCGGGACGGAGGCCGUCCGCGCGCGCUUCGACGAGUAUCAAAAUAUCGCCGCGACCGGCGCUCGCCGCGCCGCGGACCUGGCGGCGGACCGCUCCGGCCCGAAAGGCCCGCCGGUCGACGCGGAGGCGCUCGCCGCGGCCGCGCUCGAGCGCGUCGCCAAACUCACGACGGCCGAGGUGCCGGCGCUGAGCGUCGACGGCGCGUUCACGGACGCCGUCGCCGCGGCCGACGCCGCGGCGGUGUCGAAUCAUAUCGGAGACGCCGUCCGGCGGGCCCUGGAGCCGAAGCCGGGCGGCUGGAUCUUCGCGGCGGCGCGCGGCGAGCCGCGGCUCGGCGCCGCGGCGCGCAAGGCGCUCGUUGUGGCCGUGACUGAUCUUGCCGGCGGGAAUUUUGACGACUGGCCGACGAAAGACGACUGGCCCGCGUGGACGCGGGCCGUCGACAAGGCGGCCGAUGAGCGCGCGGGCGAGUGGGCCAAGGCCGAGGCGCUCGCUUUGUAUGCGCUCGACGAGGCGCUCCGGGAGGCCGGGCUAGAUGCUGACGACCACGCGGACCUGGCCGAGACGUUCGUGCGCGAGACAUUCUUGCGAGACCAUACGCGCAAGACGCUCGUGGCGGACGUCCAGGCGCGGGCCGUGGCGCUCGUCGCCGAGCGGAAGCAGGAAGGCGAGAGUUGUGAAAGGCGCCUCGCGCGCGUGGCCCUCGCGUUGAGGGAGGCCUGCGACGCGCGCAACCUGCGGCCGUCGCUCAUCGCCGCCGACGCGCUGCGCAAGAAGAUCUUAACGGCCUGGCGCAACGGCCAGGACCUGCAGGAAGCCGCGGCCGCCGCCGCUAGAUCGUACGAGAAUUCAGAUCGGAACGACGCCGUCCCCCAGACGGUGUGGGAUCCCUCCGGGAAUCGAACGGCACAAGCCAGUGCCAUGGUCAAGUUCAUGCCCUUCCGCAGCGCGUCGCAGUGCCACGCCAUCGGCGACGACGCCUUCUCCUACGUCUACACAUUCCUGCACUUUUCGCUCCUGGGCACCGUGGCGCUCGUGUGCAAGCGGUGGCGCGCCGCCUCGCAGGACCCGUUCUGGCUGCCGGACGUCGUGUGUUAUGCGUGGGGGCGGGCUGGUGUCUCGGGGCUGGAGCAGGACGCGCCGAAGCCGACUCUACUCGAUUUUUCGAUUACGAGGAGUGUUGUGAAUGUCGUCUGCGGCGACGAGGCGACCUUCGCCGUCUGCGACGACGGGACCCUGUACCACUGGGGGAAGCGGUGGGAGCCGGACUUCGAGCGCCCGGUCCUCGAGGCGUCGCGAGAGAUGACGAUGACACCUACAAGAGUGGCCGGUCUGGCGGACGUCGUAAGUGUGGCGUGCACGCCGUCGGGCUACUACCACGGCCGCGGGAGGGCCUUUGGCUAUACUGUUGCUGCUAUUACAUCAUCGGGCAAGUUGUAUACGUGGGGCAUGAACGUCUGUGGGCAGACAUUGCAUGCACGGGACACGUCCUCGCGGAACCCGGCCGACUACUUCGUUUCCACACCAACAGAGGUGGCCUUCGGCGACAGUGAGAGAACUCUAAAAGUCGCCGUCGGGCUCGAGUUCAUCGCGGUGCAACGGACCUGGAGUAUCCCGCUGCCGCCGAGAGACGGGGCCGCGGUCGCGGCACACCUAGGUUCUGGCGGCACCGGCAAGAGCGCGCGCGUCUCGUGGGCCGGGCGCUUCUCCGACGACUGGCAACCGAGCGAGCUGCGGGAGGUGCCGGAGCUUUGUGGGACGAAGUUGGCCGCGCUCACGGCCGGCGCCUUCCACUGCUGCGCCCUGAGGGACGACGGUUCCUUAUAUGUUUUCGGCCACGAGUACGGCGCUGACGAGUCGAACGGUAAUUUGCUCGGAUUGGGCCCGCGGGCGACGCGCUUCGAGGGCGAGAGAUCGUUCCCGCACGCAGCGACGCGCGUCGAGGGCCUGCCUCCUGUGAUCUCUGUGGCGGCUUCCACGUACUCGACGGUCGCCAUUACGACGGACGGGCGCUGCUACUCGUGGGGCGACUGCGACGGCGGCGCGCUGGGCCGGUCCUCAGUGAACAACGACGCGCCGGGUCUACUGGAAGCGCUGCGCGGCGUGCGCGCCUGCGCCGGCGCGCUGUCGUACACGAACGGCGCCGUCGCGGCCGCGACGGGCCGCGUCUACGUCUGGGGCGGCGGCGCGUGGGAGGGGGGCAUCGGAAACGCGAACGGCGAGGACGUGUCGGAAGUUUCCUGGGCCGGCGUGCCGCCCGUCUACGCGUGCCGCGGCGUUUCGUUGGGGCACAAGCACGGGUUUCUGGUGUUCGAGAAGGGGGUACGCGGCGGCGCCUAGUGUCUGUAAUGUUAUAAAAC